UACAGCUGUAAAGGCCGCAAGCUCGCAGCGCAAGUGAAGGCUUGGUCCGGCCAACCACGGACUGAAUGCGAGGAGUUCAGCUGAACUUCGUACGAGGCAACCGAUUCAAUCAUAUACAUGAAGUCGACGGCGCUCAAGCUUCCCGUUGCGUGCACCUGUAAUUUCUGCGUUGCAUCGUCGUGAAACGCGUACCCCGCGAUGCACAGAGCACUAGCCGUCCCGGAGCUCCUUCGCAUGAUACUCGAUCACACUGGCGGUGAACAACCUUACUUACCGGCGCUUCUCGCGUUCGCUCUUACAUGCCAUGCUUUUCUUGAACCCGCCCUGGAUAUCAUAUGGCACUUUCAGAACGGUCUGGGGCACCUGGUCGAGUGUCUGCCCGAAAAAUUCUGGGAAGCCUCUGAGUCUGCGCAUUCACCGGCACUGAUGCCUAGAAAGCCUGACAAGCACACUACACCUCAAGAUUGGGAGCGCUUUGACUUUUACGGUCGGCGUGUUCGAGAGCUGCAAUGCGGCCCGUCACGCAGUCUUGGACAUAUGUCCCGGGCGAUAUCGGAUGCCCUUUUUUCCUGGCUCGUUUCGUCAAGACCCCACUAUCCAUUGCUGCCAACGCUUCGCAAGCUCAUUUGGACGGAGAGCAGGACAUAUGGGUACUUCGGCUCUGCACAACUGUUCUUUGGGCAGCAGCUCUCCGUGCUGAAUAUUGAGAAACGCAGGCCCAGCUCAAAGUACUCCUCCAACAUUAUCACCCCGACCCUCCAACACCUUCCACGACGCUCACCAGAUGUCCGAGAGCUAACCAUCUAUGUCGUUGACGGAUCUAUGGACAAUAACCAACCUGACCCCUUUCCCGAUAAGGCCUUCGCGUCAUUGCAGAGGCUGGAGUCUCUCACGUUGAUGACGAGCAUGCCCAUGUCGUUCAGCAACCUCGCGGACCUCGCGACACUCCCGCACCUCGCAAAACUGCACUUCAAGGCCGUAUUCAACUCCUUACUGUCAGCCGUCCCGUCCACGGCGGUGCACGCUAAUACAGGCCGUCUCACCUUCCCCUCUCUCUCGACGCUGUCUUUGCAAUCCGUGUCCAUGGGCAGCUCCGUCGAAUUCCUAUCAGCAUGUCGCCUUCCCACCCUCAAGACGGCAUUCAUCAAUUCGAACGCAGCCACGGACCCGGCCACCAUUGGACGUGUGCUGCAGCUACUCCGCGAGCGGUGCUCGCCGAGCGUGUUGGAGGAAAUCGAUGUGACCAGCGGCCUGGACGCCGAUAUCGAGGGGGAAGGUGCACAGGUCGUCACCAUGGAGUCGCUGAGGCAUCUCUGCGAAUUCCGCCGUCUCCGCAGCUUCAAUCUUUUGACGGAGAUGUGCAUUGUCCUCGACGACGACGCCGUCAGGGAGUUGGCCAUGUCGUGGCCCCGACUGGAGCGCCUGGAGUUCUGGUGCACGGCCAUACACCCCUGGGGGCAUCCGACGGCUACGACGCUCCAGGGUUUGGCGCAUUUUGCGAGGUACUGUCCCUUGUUGGCAUCGCUCAUGAUCGACGUGAAUACAUCGGGCACGGAUGUCUCGCUCCACGAGAGGCCCGGCGGCGGCUGCUGCAAUCGGGCCUUGCGAAGCAUUGAUUUUGGCCAGUCCCCUCUCUGGGAAACCCCGUGAAAGUGGCGGCGUUCUUGUUCGCGAUCUUCCCGGACCUUGCGGAGUUCAACGAAGGGAACGAUACGCUGCUCGUCGAGUCGUGGCAACCCGUGCAAGAGGCUUAUCAGGUUCUGCGGUUGGCGCGUCACUGGUGGAAACAAGCGGGUGGAUGAAUAGGCAAGCAGUCGCAUGUGCAUCGUGUAUGGAGGUGCUACGUGGAAUGUGAGGUCGUGCACAUUGUCGACGUCUCUGAUCUUCAAGUUCAAUGUUGCGAUGAAACAAGAAACCAACGUCGAAUUGUUGUAAAGAUACUUCCUUUCGUUAAGACGACUCGGGUUCAAGACUGCACCAGAGACUACAUUCGAUAGUAACAUAAGAAACUAAGUAACAAGCAUAAGUACUAUAUUCGAAGCAGCGCUC